AUGGAAAUCCUGUUCCAAUCUGACGAAGUUAUAUCCGACCGAAAUGGUGCGCGGGUGAAUAUUCCUGCACCCUUGGAAGGCACCCCUGGAAGGCACCCCUGGAAGGCACCCCCGGAAGGCACCCCUGGAAGGCCCCCCUGGAAGGCACCCUCGGAAGGCACCCUCAGAAGGCACCCCCAGAAGGCACCCCCGGAAGGCACACCUGGAAGGCACCCCUGGAAGGCACCCCCGGAAGGCACCCCUGGAAGGCACCCCUGGAAGGCCCCCCUAGAAGGCACCCCUGGAAGGCACCCUUGGAAGGCACCCCUGGAAGGCACCCCUGGAAGGCCCCCCUGGAAGGCACCCCUGGAAGGCACCCUUGAAAGAAGGCACCCCCGGAAGGCACCCCCGGAAGGCAUCCCCGGAAGGCACACUUGGAAGGCCCCCCUGGAAGGCACCCCUGGAAGGCACCCUUGGAAGGCACCCCUAGAAGGCACCCCCGGAAGGCACCUUCGGAAGGCACCCUUGGAAGGCACCCCUGGAAGGCACCCCUGGAAGGCAUCCCUGGAAGACACCCCUGGAAGGCACCCCGGGAAGGCAUCCCUGGAAGGCACCCCUGGAAGGCACCCCUGGAAGGCACCCCUGGAAGGCACCCCUGGAAGGCACCCCCAGAAGGCACCCUUGGAAGGCACCCUUGGAAGGCACCCCCAGAAGGCACCCCUGGAAGGCCCCCCUGGAAGGCACCCCCGGAAGGCACACUUGGAAGGCACCCCUGGAAGGCACCCCUGGAAGAAGGCACCAUUGGAAGGCACUCCUGGAAGGCACCCCUGGAAGGCACCCCUGGAAGGCCCCCCUGGAAGGCCCCCCUGGAAGGCACCCCUGGAAGGCACCCCUGGAAGGCACCCCUGGAAGACACCCCUAGAAGGCACCCUUGGAAGGCACCCUUGGAAGGCACCCCUGGAAGGCACCCUUGGAAGACAAGGAAGGAGCAACAACAAACGCGAAGAUCACGGCGCUGAUUCACUUACUCAGAAGUCAGCAAUCCACACAGGGUCAGAGGUCAGCGCGAGAGUCAGCGUGCGUCACAGCGUGGAUGACGUAUUGCUAACCACAGUUCUCGCUGCAAGGAACAUUUCUCGCAAGUCUUUUUAUAUCACCAAAAGUUACCUCCGGGCUUUUGUGGGACUCUGCGUUCCAAGAGUGACGAAGGACUCCCUCGCACUCCUUCCAAAUGAUACUUUAAGCCUCGGGAGUGUCCCCAAGGGUCAAGGAGAACGCUAUAGCCUCACCAAAAGCAUCCAAGGAUUCCCCGGUGUAUUCCACCCUGGAAGAUGCGAUUCCAAGCCUAAGCUCCUCAAGCGGGCCAGAGUGCGUGAGAUAUGA